AUGGCCGACCUCGAAGUGCGUGGUACGCCCGUACUCGUCCGGGAUGGGACGGACAUCGACAGAACACAAUGCAAGCGCCUCGUCCCCAUGAAGGUCUUGUGUCUGGGCCUCUGCCGUACUGGAACCAUGUCCGUUCGGUCGGCCCUGCGCUCUCUUGGAUACCUGGAGACCUACCACAUGCGGGCCUCCAGCACCGAGACACCUCGCGAUUGUGAGAUGUGGAUGCGUGCCAUACGCGCCAAAUGGGACGGCGAGGGCGAGUUUGGCAAGGCCGAAUGGGAUCAGCUGCUUGGUCACUGCCAGGCCGUCUGCGAUCUGCCAGCCGCCGCCUUUGCCUCGGAGCUGAUAGCAGCCUACCCGAACGCCAAAGUGAUUCUCACAAACAGAGAUCCUGACUCCUGGCAUGAAUCUACUACCAAGACGAUCUACCACGGAAUCAAGGAUGAGACAUCUCAGAUCAUUUCCCACUUCGACUGGGCAUUCUCGCUGUACCGGCCGAUGCUGCUCCUCCUCUGGGACCGCCUGUUCCAAGGUGACUUCGAAAACCGGGGCAAAGAGGUCUACAAGGCCCACUACGAUCUCGUCCGUGAGAUCGUGCCCAGCAAUCGCCUGCUCGAAUACGACGUCAGCCACGGCUGGGAGCCUCUCUGCAAGUUCCUAGGUGAAGACAUACCCGAGAUGCCCUUCCCAAGCACAAAUAGCGCCCGCGACUUCCAAAGAGGUCUGCAUGGCCGCAAUAAACGCAAGAUUAGGGAUGCCAUCGUAAAGGCAUUUGUCUUCGUCCUGGCCCUUGCCUGCGUCUGGAUGCUGUUCGGCUAUAUCUCACGUUGGACUGGACUCAUCUGA